AACAUUUUUUUUAAACCCGCAUAAUGACUGCUCCCCAUUAUUUACACGUCGCCAUGAUACAACAAAGCGUGGUCGAGGAGCAAUAGAUGAUUAGUGCAUUCCACUGGGCAUACGGCGAAGAAAGAACCAGGUAUGCAGAGUCAGUAAUUAUCCAUCUCCGCUUGGAUUAAAAUCUCCUGCAAUUACCUGUAACACCACAAUGCCAAAUUAUUAUAAGUAAUUGCACUUGCUGUGUUGGAGAUCAUUGACUUCAUUAUAAAGAAACGGGUCAAAAGAUUUUCCAAUUUUGGUCAACAGAAGUAGUCUAAGAGUAUUUGAGCUGUAUGUGAGUUAGGAUGGGCUGCAGUCCCUCUCGAGUGAACCCUCAAGGGAAUGAGGCCAUGACUCCUCGGCCCAUGCCCACUGACAAGAGGGUUAAUGGGCAAGCCAAGAAUGGACAAGUCAAGAAGACAAAGACAGACUCUAAUGCUAAUCAAAAGGAUGUGAAUACAAAUAAUCCAGUUCCUAAAGCUGUGGCAUUUCAAGUGACCCUGGAUGGAGAGCAGACAGAAAGCCUCAUUACAAAACAUCCCCCUAUAAAACUCAAGAGACUAGCCCCCCUCAAUGUUCCUACUCUGUCAGCUGAAGAAUUGUUAGAAAAACAGAAAAUAGCUGAUGAAAAAAGAGAAAAGGAGCUGCAGAGGAAAAGAAGUGCCUCCAAGAAAUCUUCUCGCAGGCGGCGGGAGCUGUUACAGGCCAAGGAAUUCGAGGAGAAACAGCAAAUGGAACAGGAAAAAAACAAAAUUGAUUCGUCCAUGAAGACAGCAGAGAUGUUAAGAGAAGCAAAAUUACAGGAAGUCAGAGAGAGACAGCGACUAAGGGAGGAGAGGGCUCGCAGGGCCCGGGAGAGGCAUAAGAAGAUGGCUAAUGCAGAACAAGAGGAUAUAGGGACAAUAGAAGUAGAAAGGGAUGGUCAUUUCAAUGCAGACGAUAAUGAUUCUUGGCUAGAUGAUGGAAAAAAUGGUUCUGAAGAGGACUUUGUAUCAGGAACAGGGGAGAGAAUUUAUUCCGGCAGUGUUGAACCUGAGGAAAGUCGAGGAGGCAUGAACAGCGCAGGAAAGUCUCGCAAACUGCCGAGUGCUUCAUCCCACCUAGCCAACGGAAACCCAGAUGACUUCUUUGACUCUUGACAAAAAAUAGUUUAUAACUUAGAUCUUUAUUAGUGUUACACUUAGAAAAAUUGAUGCAAAAUUAUAUAAUAGUUUAUAAUUUUAUACCAUUUCGAUGGAAAUGUUUAAACAAACCAGUCAAUUAGCUGUUAUAAAGGUAAUGCACAUAGAGUAGUCUAGAUAAAUGUAAAUUCAAAACUGUUCAAAUGCCAUUUUUAUUUUAUUCCAGAAUUACUAAUAUUUUGUUUGUUUUUUAUUAUUUUGUAUAUUUAUUACAUCUUGUGAUUGGAUAUUUUCCAAUGAAUCCUUUGAUAUGACAAUUCCUUACCAACCCUGUCAUUAAUUAUAUAGUGUACACCUGAUAAAGUUCUAGUUAUAAACUGGUGCUGAUGUUUAUUUUGAAUUUCAUAUUUUUUGAAACUUACCGUAAUCUUAUUUUUAAUGAAAAA